AUGGCCCGACCAACCAUCAAGCGCCGCAAGACUGAUAGAGGGGACGCUGGGAAGCGGAAGAAGAAGAACCUCGUCACGAAGGGCUCGGCGAAUAAGCAACGCCAAGUGUUGAAGCCUCUACAGAGGAAGGGGAAGGAAGAGGAGGAGGAGGAGUUGCCUGCUAAGUCCAGAGGGAAGGAGGACGAAAUCCAACUGGAAGACUUCUUGGACUUUGGGGGAGAGGGGACGGAGGGAAGCGAUGAUGAGUCCAUCGCCUCGGACGAUGAUGACGCCGCCUCUUCUGCUGGUACCGACAUAUCCUCCCUAGACUCAGAGGCUGAGGCGGCCUUUAUGAAGAGUAUUGAUCAGCUUGGGAAGAGUGGGCGGAGGGUGGCUGAAGAGGAGGAGGAGGAGAAGAAGUCUUCGAGGAAAUUCGAUUUCUUGGAUUCGUCUGGAUUCCUACCAGAAGGGUCUGCAGCAGCGGCUGGGAUGGAGAGUGAGGGAGGAGGAGGUAACCUCCUUGGGGAGCUCUUGAAGAUGGCUGAGGAUGAUAAGGGGAAGAAGGAGGAUGAGGAGCAGCAACAACAGAAGGCCCCGACUUCGAGUAAACUGCGAAAGCAAUUGGGCCUUGUGAACUCCUCUACGGCUGGCGUGGAUGAGAAUGAUAACCUUCCGGAGUCGAUGAGGCGUCGAGCUGAUCGAGAGGUCCGUUACGACAGCGCCAAGAGCACAGCAGAGAAGGAGUGGAUGCCCGCUGUGCAUGAUGCUAACAAUGCUGCAGUGAUAGACAUUGCAGGGGAACAGAGGGCCAGGCUGGGGGCGACGCAGAUCUCUAAUACUGCUCUAUUGUCGUCAUCGUUCCGACCAGAGAACGAGCUGGAGAAGGCGAUAGCAGCAGCGGUUAAGGAGAGUAAUGUGUUUGCUAGUGGGGAUAAGCAGACGACGGAAGAUGGCCAUCAGUUACCCUUUGGUCGAGAAGCGGAGCUGAAGAAGGCGGAGGAGAGGAAUACGGUGGCGAGGUUGAAGAGGUUGAUGUUUCAGGAGCAGAGGAAGAAUGCUAGGCUGAAUAAGAUCAAGAGUAAAACGUGGCAUAAGCUGCAGAAGAAGAGUCAUGAAAGGGAGCAGGAGAAGUUGUUGGAGAAGUUGGAGGCGUCCAAUCCGGAGGAGGCUGCUAAGUUGAGGGAGGAGUUGGAGAAGAAGCUGUCGAAGGUACGACUGCAGCGGCAGUCGAUGGCGAGGAAGAAGUGGGCUAAGGCGGCACAGAGGUUUGGUGGUUCUGAUAUGAGGAAUGAAGUCUCUCGACAAGCCCAGGCAGCCUCGGAUGCUAGGAAGGAGCUCGAGAGGGCGAUUAAAGGGAAGCAUGGGGAGGAUGGUGAUAGUGACUCGGAUGAUGAUGAGGAAGGUAGUGAGAAGGAUGACUCCGUGGAGGCAUCGACUAGUGACGUGGAGGCGGAUCCUGUGAAGGCUGCUGUUACUCAGGCUAGGAAGCAGGCGGAGGCGAUUCUUAGGGGAGAAGAUGCGGUGGAGGAGGAGGAAGCUGGUGGCAAGGGUGGCCUGUUGGGGAUGAAGUUUAUGCAGAGGGGAGUGGAGAGGAAGAGGGAGGAGGCUAGGAGGCAAGCUGAGGAUGUACUGGAGGAACUCACCGAGUGGGAGAAGAAGGCUGGUGAGGCUCAACAGCAGCAGGAGGAGGAUGAUGCUUCUGAGGAGAGUAGCGACGUUGAGGAGCCUUCUACUGUGCCGUUUAUCCCUGCAGGAGAGUCGGAGAGGUUGGUCGCUGAGGCNNNNGUCAUUAUGGCCCGACCAACCAUCAAGCGCCGCAAGACUGAUAGAGAGAAGGGGAAGGGAGAGAGAGAGGAGUUGCCUGCUAAGUCCAGAGGGAAGGAGGACGAAAUCCAACUGGAAGACUUCUUGGACUUUGGGGGAGAGGGGACGGAGGGAAGCGAUGAUGAGUCCAUCCCCUCGGAUGAUGAUGAUGCCGCCUCUUCUGCUGGUACCGACAUAUCCUCCCUAGACUCAGAGGCUGAGGCGGCUUUUAUGAAGAGUAUUGAUCAGCUUGGGAAGAGUGGGCGGAGGGUGGCUGAAGAGGAGGAGGAGGAGAAGUCUUCGAGGAAAUUCGAUUUCUUGGAUUCGUCUGGAUUCCUACCAGAAGGGUCUGCAGCAGCGGCUGGGAUGGAGAGUGAGGGAGGAGGUAACCUCCUUGGGGAGCUCUUGAAGAUGGCUGAGGAUGAUAAGGGGAAGAAGAAGGAUGAGGAGCAGCAACAGAAGGCCCCGACUUCGAGUAAACUGCGAAAGCAAUUGGGCCUUGUGAACUCCUCUACGGCUGGCGUGGAUGAUAAUGAUAACCUUCCGGAGUCGAUGAGGCGUCGAGCAGAUCGAGAGGUCCGUUACGACAGCGCUAAGAGCACAGCAGAGAAGGAGUGGAUGCCCGCUGUCCAUGAUGCUAACAAUGCUGCUGUGAUAGACAUUGCAGGAGAACAGAGGGCCAGGCUGGGGGCCACGCAGAUCUCUAAUACUGCUGUAUUGUCGUCAUCGUUCCGACCAGAAAAUGAACUGGAGAAGGCGAUAGCAGCAGCGGUUAAGGAGAGUAAUGUGUUUGCUAGUGGGGAUAAGCAGACGACGGAAGAUGGCCAUCAGUUACCCUUUGGUCGAGAAGCGGAGCUGAAGAAGGCGGAGGAGAGGAAUACGGUGGCGAGGUUGAAGAGGUUGAUGUUCCAAGAGCAGAGGAAGAAUGCUAGGCUGAAUAAGAUCAAGAGUAAAACGUGGCAUAAGCUGCAGAAGAAGAGUCAUGAAAGGGAGCAGGAGAAUGACUCGGAUGAUGAUGAGGAAGAUUCCGUGGAGGCAUCGACUAGUGACGUGGAGGCGGAUCCUGUGAAGGCUGCUGUUACUCAGGCUAGGAAGCAGGCGGAGGCGAUUCUUAGGGGAGAAGAUACGGUGGAGGAGGAGGAAGCUGGUGGCAAGGGUGGCCUGUUGGGGAUGAAGUUUAUGCAGAGGGGAGUGGAGAGGAAGAGGGAGGAGGCAAGGAGGCAAGCUGAGGAUGUACUGGAGGAACUCACCGAGUGGGAGAAGAAGGCUGGUGAGGCUCAACAGCAGCAGGAGGAGGAUGAUGCUUCUGAGGAGAGUAGCGACGUUGAGGAGCCCUCGACUGUGCCGUUUAUCCCUGCAGGGGAGUCGGAGAGGUUGGUCGCUGAGGCUGAGGACCUAUUGGAGGGGGCUACGGCUGGUGGCCAUGCGGUACAGCUAGAGGUGCCAGCUGUCACUUCACCGACGAAGAAGAAGGCGACUAAGAAGAUGGCGCAUAAGGAGGCAGUGGAGGCAGCAGCAGCUGUGGAGGAGGAGGAGUCGGCGUCAUCAGAGUCUGAAGGGGAGGGGGAGGAGACCCAACAGGACCUGGUCCGGACUGCUUUUGGUAUCAAGGGGGGCGCAGAAUCAUCGUAUGCCCGGGAAUGGGUGGAGGAGCUGGAGGCGAAGGAUGAGGCGGAGAGGUUGGCUGAGGAGGAGGCCCUUGGGGCUAAGGAGCUGCCGGGGUGGGGGAGUGGAUGGACUGGUGCUGGUGUGGUGGAGAAGGAGAAGGAAGAGAAGAAGGGUGCAGUGGGGAAGAAGAGGCGGCGCCGAUUUACAGAUGUUAUGGUGAAUGACGAGUCGGUCAGCAAGAAGGCAGCUAAGAAGUACCAACUGUCGCAGGUGCCUCGAUCGAUCGGUGGUAAGGCUGUGGCAUACGAGAGGGAGAUGUCGCGUCCUCUGGGUCCGGAGUGGCAUUCUGCUCAAGCUCACGAGAGGCUUAUUCAACCCAGGGUUAUUACUAGGGUUGGAGAGGUUAUCGCUCCGCUGCAACGGUAUAAGAAGUCCCUGGAUGCGGCGAGUAAGAAGAACAUUUUGGAGGCGUAUAGCGAGCGGAAGGCGAACGCGCCCUCUCAUCACCGCACUAAGGCUCGGAUGUGAUCUCUUCACACGUUACUAACUCGACACGGCUGGAGGUGUGGUUGUUCCUUAUUGCCUCAUACGUGGACGGUCGUCGUACCUUCCACGAAGGCUGACGUAAUACGAUCUAUUUACC